GAGAGAGAGUUCAGAAAGAAGACGAAGAAACAAGAAGAGAUAACUUCAAUUCAGUGAGUUGCUGUUUAGUUUUUGUAUUGCUGCUGCAUUGUGAGUGUUGAAAGAAGUGAGUCAUGGGUGAGUCAAGUGACUCAGUUUCGGUGGAUAUUGACAUGCUAUCUUUUGGUGGGAAGGAGCAUGUGGUGAAAACAAGCAGAGGUUCAAUCUCUGUGUAUGUUUGUGGUGAUCAAGAGAAGCCUGCUUUGAUAACUUACCCUGAUGUUGCUCUUAAUUCUAUGACUUGUUUCCAAGGUCUCUUAUUUAGCCCUGAUGCAGCUUCCUUGUUGCUCCAUAACUUCUGCAUAUACCACAUUGAUGCCCCAGGGCAUGAGUUGGGAGCUGAUGUCAUUUCUUCUGAUGUUCCAUUACUUAGUGUUGAUGACUUAGCAGACCAGGUUGCUGAAGUGCUUGAUUUCUUCGGGCUGAAACAGGUUCUGUGCUUAGGCGUAAUGGCUGGUGCUUACAUCCUGACACUUUUUACUAUGAGAUAUCAAGAACGGGUGCUUGGGCUAAUUCUUGUUUCCCCUAUUUGCAAGGCACCUUCAUGGACUGAAUGGUUUUACAAUAAGGUGUUAAUGAACUUGUUAUACUUCUACGGAAUGUGUGGAAUAUUGAAGGAAUGCCUUCUCCAGCGUUACUUCAGUAAGGAAAUUAGGUGCAGUGUGCAGGGUGCAGAAGCAGACAUCAUUCAAGCUUGUAGAAGGUUGCUGGAUGAAAGAAAAAGUUUGAAUGUAAUGCGCUUUCUUCAAGCAAUCAAUGAGAGGUAUGACCUUACAGAGGGCUUGGAGAAUUUGCAGUGCAGGACACUUAUUUUUGUGGGGGAAAGUAGUCAAUUUCGUGAUGAAUCGGUAUACAUGAGUACCAAAAUGGGCAAGAAAACUUGUGCUCUUGUUGAGGUUGAAGCUUGUGGUUCAUUAGUCACAGAAGAGCACCCUUAUGCCAUGAUAAUUCCGAUAGAGUUUUUUCUAAUGGGGUUUGGGUACCACAGACAACCGUAUUUUGCUUCCUCAUCAAGUAUUGGCUCCAACCCUACCAGUCCUUCAAGUCGCUGCUGUAUAGCACCAGAACUUCUCUCCCCUGAGAGUCUGGGUAUCAAGCUCAAACCAAUCAAAACCCGUGUGGACAUUGAUGUCAAAGUAUGAUUUACUCGCAAGUCUCCAAUUUAAUAAUUCAGAUGAGCAGUAUGCUGGCUUUACAAAUGUGUAUGGUUAACAUGAUAUAACUGUCUUGCAUCUACAAGGUAGGAUACUCGUAUUCUUUGAUUUUAUUGGUAGGAGAAUUUUAUGGUUAGGGAUGAAUUCAUUUUACGGUUUCCUUGAUUAUUUUGUAGUGUAGAUAAAAUAGAUAUUUAUAGAUACAGGAUACCGAGAUGGUAGGAGUCAUAUUUAUUACAGGAGGAUCAGUUUCUAGCAUUUGACAUGUUCUGUAGUACUUUAUGUAACUUCUCUCGCAAGUAAUUGUUCGAAU